AGUAAUGUUGUUGCUUGCCUGAGUAGACCUAUCUGUGGUGUAAACAGUGGUGAUAAGCGCAGAUAGGGAAGUAAUUCUGGCGAUCCGUGAUUCUGAUCAUACCACAGACAUUACAAUAUAUUUCUAACCUACCAUGUAAUUUCAGCACCUAUAAAGACACAAGGGAAAAUAAGCAGAUGAACAAAUCAUUACAAUGUGACCUGACAUGUAACAAACGAGAUUAAGGUAUUAAUGGUGUACAUAACCUCAAUUAUGCAAUUAUGGCUUGCUCAACACUCAAGCAUGUGUCAAGUGAUCCAGCCAGCAUACUCCAGCUAUGCUCAACUCUGUACGACAGAAAUGCUCGAGAAAUGCAGAUUAAAAUAAAUAACCAUCUUAAGAAACAGACUGGCUCAUCAACAGUCUUUUUGGUUCCACUGUUAAAAGAGACCGAAGAAGCUGUAGUUCAAGUAAUUGGUGAAAAAGUUCUUCAACAGGAAAUGAGAUUUCCAUUGUCUGACAGUUAUCUGAACACAACAGUACAAUGUCGAUGUUCUGUUGAGGGUAUUCCAUCUGAGCUGGAUAUAGAACUACUCAAGAAUCUACGUGCAACCAUUGAACCUGAACCUAGAACUUUUCUUAAUGUACCAGUGUGUCAUCCUGAGGAAAACUAUGCAGUUCUUGUAGUCUGCCUUAUUGAUUAUGAUGAAAAAGGGAUGACUGAGUCUGCAUGCGCCAAUCUGGUAACAGAACUAUUUCGAUACUGUCUGGGUACCAUGCUGAAUACAUUUGCAUAUGAGGAAGAGAAACGAAAGAGGCUGCAGUGCCAGUCUAUGUUAGCUGUUGCAAAAAACAUCUUCUCUCACUUAGGUGACCUGACAGAUUUAUUGCGAGAAAUCAUGGGGGAGGCACGUAAACUUACAAAUGCUGAGAGAUGCUCAUUAUUUCUGCUAGAUUCAGAACAUGAUCAUUUGGUGGCUAACAUUUUUGAUGGGGAAACAUCAAAGGAGACACUGAAGGAAAUGCGUAUUGCCAAGAAUCAGGGUAUUGCAGGACAUGUGGCAAAUACAGGGGAGGUACUCAACAUUCGUAAUGCCUACUCACACCCACUGUUUUAUAAGGGCAUUGAUGAAAUAACUGGUUUCAAGACAAGGAACAUCCUGUGUUUCCCCAUCCGGAAAGAUACAGACGUUAUUGGUGUGGCCCAACUCUGCAACAAGAAGAAUGGCCUCUAUUUUGAUGUGCUUGAUGAGGAGGUUGCCAUGGUAUUUAGUGCUUACUGUGGCAUUAGCAUCAUGCACAGUUUAGUCUACAGGAAGAUACAAGAAGCUCAGGCUAGGAAUCAGCUGAUUAAUGAGCUCAUGAUGUACCAUAUGAAGGUUGGUGAUGAGGAUGUUGAGCUCUUGCUGGCCUGUCCUAAUAGUCACAACACAUCUAACUUUAGUAACUUCACAUUCUCACCUCGUUCACUGCCAUGGGAAGAAAUGGCCUGUUAUACUUUCCUGAUGUUUACCGAUCUGGAACUUGAUGUCUUGUUUAACAUUAGACGUGAGACACUGGCAAGAUUCAUUUUGUUUGUGGAAAAGGGUUAUCGAGACACUCCAUACCAUAACUGGAGGCAUGCAUUUUGUACAGUUCACUUUGCAUUUCUACUGAUUAAGAAUUUGGACCUUAUAAAGCAAGGAUUCAUCACGCCGCUAGAAUCCCUAGCACUUAUGGUAUCAUGUGUCUGUCAUGAUUUGGAUCACCGGGGAACAACCAACUCGUUUCAGACACAGUCAGGCACUGUGCUUGCCAACCUCUACAGCUCUGAAGGUUCUAUCAUGGAGAGGCAUCACUUUGCUCAAGCAGUGUGCAUGCUUAACACAGAAGGGUGCAACAUACUGGAUGGAAUUCCGCGAGAGCAGUACACAAAGUGUUUGGAUUUGAUCAGGGAUCUGAUUUUAGCAACAGAUCUAGCAUCCCACUUCAGAGUUUUUGAAGAGCAACAGAAGCUCCUGGUAGAAUUUCAGAAACAUAAGGAAGAUCAGCGACGCCUGCUUCUCUGCCUUUUUAUGACUGCUUGUGACCUCAGUGAUCAGACAAAACACUGGUCAGUGGCAAGACAAACAGCUGAUCUGAUAUACAAGGAGUUCUUCACACAAGGAGACAUGGAGAAGACGAUGGGUAGCUCUCCGGUUGAAUCAAUGGACCGUGACAAGGCCUACAUACCUAGUUUGCAGAUACAGUUCCUUGACAACAUUGUUAUUCCAUUGUAUGGGCUUAUUUCUGAGUUAUUUCCAGAAGCUGAAUGUCUGGUGAAAGCAGCUAAACUGAACCGAGAAGGUUGGACAACAGCAGAUGCUCUUUUUUCUACCCAGUGGGAUAGAGGAGGUCAUGAGCUGCUCUCCAACCCAGAGCUUGAUGAACAAGUGAUGGCAAAGCUGAAGCAGCACAGUGGCAUGCCAAGCUGCAAGUGAAGAGCUAACACUGGUGCCCACAGUUGUGAAUCACCCUGCAGCUGCGAUAGUCUUUAACCCUUUGCCCCUUCUAACGUAAUAAAAUUUCAUUCGGGAUUUAAAUGCCUGGAAGAAACUGGGCUGAUAGCACCAUAUAGUACUGUUUUAAGUAGAGUGGGUAAAGGGUUGUUUGUACAGUUGACAUGUCCAUAAAUCCAUUUUUAGAACUCUCAUCACAGCAUUUAGGAUAAUAAUGAUGUAUUAUAAUAGUUUUAAGUGCAGUGUUUCAUAGUUACCUUCUUGUAAUACUUGUGUACCUGUUAAAGCAAUUUACAGUAAAAGUUAUCUUAUCUGACAUGCAUGAGGAGUACAGUGUGCCAGUAGGUCGAUUUUGCCGAUAGAUGGAAUGAGGACUCAUGAUAAGCAAUUUUAAUAUGUUCUAUGACAAAAAAA